GACUUCUCGCGAGAUGUUAGCGCGCCUGGUCGGACGGGAGGAAAGUAUCUGCUCCGCCGAGGGGGGGAAAGAAGGAGCUGGAGACAGAUUGUGGGACACAGCGCGGGCGGGCGGGAGGCGACGGAGCUACCAGCGGCUCCGCUCUGCUAUAUGAAAUAUGGGAGACGACAGACCGUUUGUGUGCAAUGCCCCAGGCUGUGGACAGAGAUUUACAAACGAGGACCACCUGGCAGUUCAUAAACACAAGCAUGAGAUGACAUUGAAAUUUGGCCCAGCCCGAACUGACUCAGUCAUCAUUGCAGAUCAAACUCCUACUCCAACUAGAUUCCUGAAGAACUGUGAGGAGGUGGGGCUCUUCAAUGAACUAGCUAGCUCCUUUGAACAUGAAUUCAAGAAAGCUGCAGAUGAGGAUGAGAAAAAGGCAAGAAAUGGGACUUUUGCCAAAAAACUGGUGACUGCUGCUGGGCCUCUUGACAUGUCUCUGCCUUCCACACCAGACAUCAAAAUCAAAGAAGAGGAGCCAGUGGAGGUAGACUCAUCACCACCUGACAGUCCUGCCUCUAGUCCCUGUUCCCCACCACUGAAGGAAAAGGAGGUUGCCCCAAAGCCUGUUGUGAUCUCUACCCCCACACCCACCAUUGUACGUCCUGGCUCCCUGCCUCUCCACUUGGGCUAUGAUCCACUUCAUCCAACACUUCCCUCUCCAACCUCCGUCAUCACACAGGCUCCACCAUCCAACAGGCAAAUGGGGUCUCCCACUGGCUCCCUCCCUCUUGUCAUGCAUCUAGCUAAUGGACAAACCAUGCCUGUGCUGCCAGGGCCUCCGGUACAGAUGCCUUCUGUUAUAUCGUUGGCCAGACCUGUAUCUAUGGUGCCAAACAUUCCUGGUAUUCCUGGCCCACCAGUUAACAGCAGUGGCUCCAUUUCUCCCUCUGGCCACCCUAUAUCAUCAGAAGCCAAGAUGAGAUUAAAAGCCACCCUAACCCACCAAGUCUCCUCAAUCAAUGGCGGCUGUGGAAUGGUGGUGGGCACUGCCAGCACCAUGGUGACGGCCCGUCCAGAGCAGAGCCAGAUCCUUAUCCAGCACCCUGAUGCCCCAUCCCCUGCCCAGCCACAGGUCUCACCAGCCCAGCCCACCCCUAGUACCGGGGGGCGACGGCGACGCACAGUAGAUGAAGAUCCAGACGAGCGACGGCAGCGCUUUCUGGAGCGCAACCGGGCUGCAGCCUCCCGCUGCCGCCAAAAACGGAAACUUUGGGUGUCCUCCCUAGAGAAGAAAGCAGAGGAGCUCACUUCUCAGAACAUUCAGCUGAGUAAUGAAGUCACAUUACUACGCAAUGAGGUGGCUCAGUUGAAACAGCUACUGUUAGCUCAUAAAGACUGCCCAGUCACUGCACUACAGAAAAAGACUCAAGGCUAUUUAGAAAGUCCCAAGGAAAGCUCUGAGCCAACGGGUUCUCCAGCCCCCGUGAUUCAGCACAGCUCAGCAACAGCCCCUAGCAAUGGCCUCAGCGUUCGCUCUGCAGCUGAAGCUGUGGCCACCUCGGUCCUCACUCAGAUGGCCAGCCAAAGGACAGAACUGAGCAUGCCAAUUCAGUCACAUGUGAUCAUGACCCCACAGUCCCAGUCUGCGGGCAGAUGAUGCCUCCCCUGGUGGAGAGGUCCCCAGCCAGAGCUCGCCCGCCCAGGAGCCAAGAGAGAUGUCAUCUUAUCCCCUCCCAUCUGCCUUGAAUGUGGCAAUAUGGGGGGAAACUGUGUGUUGUGAGUAAUGAACAGAUGUGGGCUUUUCAGCCACGCGAUCAUGUACGUUUGACACCUGUACUGGGGGCCUCCACAGCCCCAGAGCCUCACAGAUCAUCCCCUAAGGGUGGGGUUUUUGAUGUACCCACAGCCAAAGGCCUUUCCAGAUGGUCCGAACAAUCACCCCGCCCCAUGCACGUGUAUCUGUUUCUUUUAACACUAACCUUUGCAAUUCUAGGUUUGGGGUUUCUCAAUUCCCUCUCUUCCCACUAAGCUGUGGCUGUUACUUUCUUGUUCCUUACCAGCAUGCCACUUUCUGCAGAUAGAGGGAGGCUAGAUUUGAUGGCAUAUCACCCGCUGAUGCAUCCCCAGCCACCCCAUGGACUCAGGACUUUGUCUCCCAGUAACUGCUUAUUUAUCCCUUUUCCCCUUCCUAAAUUCUAGUGAAAACAUUCACUUUUGGAGAAUGUAAGGUUACCUUUGAUGUAUGAAAUAGCAAUAUGUUGCAGCUCUUCCAUAAGCUUAAUUUUCUCCCUACCCGCCACCAAAAAAAAAAGAAAGAAAAAAACAAAACCCCAAGAGUUCCAGUUCUUUUUCAUCUAUUUCCAGAGCUAUAUGAGUACCUCAUUUUGUCUCUUGACUUUACCUAGUCUAGUGGUGGGGUCUUUCUACCUCCCCGCUAGGCCUUGGCAACCUCAUUUUGUGGCCUUAUUCUUAGAGAUAGUUUGGUAGUGAAAAGGGAAAGAGCCCAGAUUCUGACUGACUGAUUCUUCUCCUCCCUUCCUUCCUCCUUCAGUUCUAAUCAUCAGGGCUGGCAGGAACAAUGUAGUUUAAAGCUUAUUCUGUCAGGUUAUGGAUUAAUUGAUUUAUUGAUGUUUUAUAAAAGUUUACUGGCCGAAGCAUACAUACGAGGGAACCCAAACAAACCGAAAUUAUCUUUUGGAGGGUGGGCCCCUUGUAGUAUACUCGGAAUUUAUUCCUCCAUAUCAAAUGGU